ACUCCGGCGCUCCACCGCGUUCGGCUACUUUACAAGAUUUUCGCUCUGUCUUCGCUCUGUUUCGUAUCAUUUCGUGCACAUGACGUUUGCUCUCGUUAAAGCGUUCGGGAGGAUAUGUCAGGCUGGUUUGGAAGUCAGCUUGUAUUGGAGGCAAGGAUUUUAUCGCUCUGGCAUGGCGGGAGAGCUAGCACUACGGAACAACAGCGUCUGGCGUAGAAUAUCGGCGGUCAGAGCGUACGUUUACCGACGUCCCCGGUCUCGCUGUAUGAUGCAUAAUGUCACGUGCAAGCAGUGCUUUGAAAAUUAGAUUAUAUACCCAGCUGGUUGUAUUUCCUACAUUAAGUGUUAUUUAACUAAAGUGUAAAGUGCACCCGCCAUUCACUCUCGGAGCGAUGAAAUGCGAGUGGUUCAGAGCCAAUGCCGGGGGUUUUGUGUACCGAUCUGUCGCUGCUCGGCCAGUAAUGGCGGGCGCUCCACUGCGCAUGCCCGUCGCGCCUAUAACGAAAUGGAGCGCUGCGUAACAUUCGCUAGUGUUCGCUCUGCCAACCAAUCAGCAGUAAGCUUUCAAGUCAGUAUUCGCGCACGGGGCCCCCAAACAACAACGGCAGGGAGUAUCGCCAGUCACCAAGCACCUGCUUCGCCUGCAAGUGAAGGUUGUGUUAAGAGAUAUUAGCGAGUUCAUUUUUCACAUUUAUCUUACUCGCGGUUGUUAGGGCGACCUGUGGAAAGGCCAAUCGAUCAGAAACUUAGCGCACGAAGAUCAAUAAGUGUCAGUGCUGUUGUGAUUUUCCGGCCAUUUCGGUGCUUAACGACUGUCAGCGAUGUCUAGAAGUGGGUCAAGUAUAGUUAAAGAGGUCAAGGUCAAGGAAGGUCCUGUCGAGUCGGAAGCCGAGGCCAGGAUAAGUGUCGAGGUCACUUCGGACGAGUGCAUGGACGGCGGGUCAUCUCAGUGUGAAAUUCAAAGUGUGAGCAUGGCAAGCGAAGUUGGAUCCGUGCCCGACGAGUGUGAAAAAAUGCAGCUCGAGGAAAUAGAGACAUCCAAACGCGGUAGACAGGAGAGCGGAGAUAACGACGCCAGCAACCAGCGAGACAGCAACAGUCCGAAAGCCGAGGAAAUGUACGAUGCGGAGAAGGAAAACGACUUCGACACGGAGGCGGAAACCUCGUGCUUCAAGAUUGACAAAGUUUACAGCAUGACGGACGAGCAGGACGACCUCGAGAUUUGCGAUAACGACAAGGGCGCGAAGGACGAGAAGGGGGAGGCCACCAACGGCGCCCUGGACAUCAAGACGGAGGCUGUCAGCGCCGCCAAGCCCGACGUCCAGGAGAUGAAAGUCAAAGACGAGAAGCCCAUCAAGCCGAAAGCCACUCGGUCGGCCCUGACGAAGAUGCCCUCCCUCGCCGGGGUGGGGGGCGUCCGCGUGCUGGGAGGGGGGGUGCGAGGCCCCAACAUGCCUCUCAUCGUGAGCAUGGGCGCCGGGAACCCUGCCAUCCCGCUCCUUCCAGCAGGACUCCCUCCCGGCCGCUACGUCAUCCUGCCGGGGACCUGCACCUCCACCAAGACGUCGACCUGCGCCACCGUCACCACCACCUCCACUAGCCUCAACCCGCGCCUCUCCACCAGCAUCGCCCCCAGCGUGUCCCAGUCCCUCGCCACCGUCGCCGCCACCGCCACCGUAACCGCGCACAGGAACAUGACUGGCUCCCCCCACGCCCCCAUCACCGUCCCCCCCGCCUCGGGCUGCAGCAAAAUGUACACACGUGAGCGCGGCCGCCGCAAAUCCUACACGGCGGGAGAGAAACUGGCGAUGAUCGAAGCCGUGGAGGCGGGACAGAGGAAAAGCGCAGUUGCUGACCGCUUCGGCGUGGCUCCCUCGACGCUGGCGUGCAUCCUGGCGCAGAAACACAAGAUACGGGCCGAGCAGGAUAACCUGACCCGCCGACGCGUCCGCCACGGAAAGUACCAACUUCGGGAGGAGGCGCGGGCCAAGGUGCCAGCAAUUGCCCCAGCGAUGCAACUCAGUACCAGCGCCGAACACCCUUUCACCCACUUCCUCGCGCCCCUCACAGCACCCACGCCCACGGUCUUUGACACGCAGCCCGAGGAGAUCAUUGCAGUGCCCGACCUGAUGGAGCGCCUGACGGGCACGGGCUCCGGGGUGUCCUCGUGCAAAGCCGAAGGGAACUCUGACGGCGACGACGAAGGUGCCUCCGGGAUGGACGGAGGAGCCGCGCAGGAGUCGGAGUGUCUGCAGGAGCCUCAGGACCAGAAGACUAAGGGCUUCCAGCAGAGCCUAGCGACGGAGCAGGAGGACGGAGGUGAUGACGCGUCAAGACAGGAUGCUUCGGAACAGCCGUCUUCUCCCUCGCAAGGAUCUCAAGAGCUGGUCGGGCCCUACCUCCUGAAGAAGGAAUCGCACUGCACGACCGUCUUGGACCAGCUGCUCAGGGACGACACCUACACUGACGUCACGCUCACUGCUGAAGGCCAGAGCUUGAGGGCGCACCGGAUCGUCCUCUGUUUGGCGAGUCCCUACUUCCGCCAAGUCCUGAGUCGCGAAAUGAACGUACAAAGCGUGGUGCUUCUUCGAGACGUGAAGUUUGCCGAACUUAGAAAUAUAAUUAAUUUCAUCUACACAGGCGAGGCCACCGUGGACGCCACCGAGCUUGAAUCCUUCAUGCGGACGGCCGAGAUGCUGGAGAUCUCGUCCCUGUGCGAAGGGCAGAAGUGCAUCGCCAGCCGCGGGUCCCAGGCUCAGGGGGGAGGUUCUUCGAGCUCGGGUUUCACCAUCGCCGACUUCGAGAAGCUGGUCGGAGCCAAGAGGACGCGGAGGGAGUCCUCGUCGCCCACGCCGUGCAAGUCGAUUAGGCUCUCAGGCGAAGACCAGUCCUCGCGGUGCUCCUCGGCCGAGCCCUCCGCCAACCCGCUGGCGCUUAUCAAGGAGGAACCCCUCGACAAUGCCCCGACGCCGACGGGAGAGCCGGCCGACGGGGAGACGAAGCCCCGGGACGCGGAGCCCGACGGCGUCUCGGGGGCGGACGGCGGCGGCGGGCGGGAGCGGAGGGAGUCGUCGGGAUCCAUCGGGGGCUUCGCGUCCAUCGCCGGCCUGCAGAAGGAGGCGUCGGGGGGCGAGGGGGGCGCGCCGGAAAUCUUCAUCGCCACGGCGGAGGCCACGCUGCAGGCGGAGGAGGCGGAGGGCGCGGCGGCGGGCGGCGGCCCGGGGAGAUGUCCUUACUGCCCUCACUUAACGCAGAAAUUCGAGGGCGUCCCCAUGAUGCGGCAUCUCCUGGUAUCUCAUCCAUGCAAGCCGGCCUUCCCCUGCGACUCCUGCUGGCGAGUGUUCGUCAAGAGAGCCAGCUUCAAGAGCCACCAGCAGAAAUGCCAAGCCCAGUCGUUUUAAAAAGAGCAAUGUGUAUACGCCUACAGUGUCUGUGCUUUACGAUAGACGUGUCUGUGUGUCAGCAUCUACCUGUGAGUGUGUAUGCUGGUGUGCGUUGUCUGUGAGUGCGUUGAUAGGGCGGCUUGUGAAGGAAGGUACUUGUUUAUAUGCCUCAGCUAUUUUUUCUAUGUAUUUGCUUCUACCACACACGCAGGCAUGCAUGUAUAAUUGUAUAUAUGGAUUAGAGAUAGGUAGAUAGGCACACACACAUGCAGAGAGAGAGAGAGAGAAAGAGAGAGAGAGAGAGAGAGAGAGAGAGAGAGAGAGAGAGAGAGAGAGAGAGAGAGAAAAGAAAGCAUAGGAAACCCUUUUUAAGGAACCCAGUCACAAAUUGCCAAACGUUUCCGAGAACGUGGAAAACCUCUUCAUUAUAGAUUAAUUUGAAUUGCUGGAUAUAGCUCUCCUUGACUUGUCCAGUUCCCACAAAAAGGGUUCUCAAAUACAUUGUGAAACUUACAUUACAAAAUGAUCUCAGUGAACCGGUUGAUAUAUGACCAUAGGAGGAGGAUAUAUUUAAUGGCCUUCAUCUGUACUUUAUUUUCCUGUCUUCCAAUAACAAGGUUGGACGAUUUCACUGUAUUCUGAAUCUGAGAAUGUUCAUUUACGAAAUAAAUUUGGAAAUUGCAAAAGAUUUGAGUAUGUGUAGUAGGAUAUAUAUGUUUAUAUAUGUGUAUCGCAAUUAUUUAGAAUAUAUUAUGUAUGUCGAUAUGUCUCCAGAGCAGUUAUUCCAACGUUCGGAAUAGCCCUUCCUUAGUUAUUCUUCCAGAGGCUACUUAUAUGUGAAGUCCAGGCAUGAAUCACGUAUUUAGUUCAGUGCUAAAGACUAGAGAAUGUAUACGUGUGAUAAAAUACGAAUGGGGAAGAGUCAUAUUAUCCUGAGUUUGUUUAUAUGUAAAAUGUUACAUAAGCACAAGAUAUUUUUGUUUUGUUUUUUAAUUUGUUUCUUGCAGUGCUACUUACUGAAUCUUUGUAGUGCAGUAAGAUUGUAUGCAUGUGUUAUCAUGUCAUUGUGAAGUUUAGAUAAAUAAAUGCCAUAUGAAAACAUGCUUUGGUAA